AUGCCUCCUGACCGUGGUCUUAUGGCCAAGCAGCUUUCUGGUGUGAAGGGGAGUAAGAGCCGCCUUACAUAUGCAGUCACUAUGAAUGCAGAUGACAGCGAGCGUCUUCCUCCCUUUAUCAUUGGUAAAGCUGCAAAGCCACGGGCAUUCCAGAAGAAGACUGGUAAACAACUCGGCUUUCUUUAUCGCAACAAUGCCAAGGCCUGGAUGACUAUGUCACUCUACCAGGAGUGGAUCCAUGACUGGGAUGUUGAAUUGAGGAAGGAGAAUAGGUCUAUUCUUCUUCUUCAGGACAACUUCAGUGGUCAUGUUGCUCCUGAGGGUCUCACCAACAUCACUGUUGCCAACUUCACUCCCAACCUCACCGCGCACGUUCAACCUGCUGAUGCUGGUAUCAUCCGUGCCUUCAAGGCCCACUAUUGUCGCCUCUUCAUGCAACGCGCACUCAACCGUUAUGACCAGGGCAUUACUCCUAGUGAGAUCUAUGUCAUCAAUCAGCUUGAGGCCAUGCGCCUUGCUGAUCUUGCCUGGAAGGCGGUCACUGAGGAUACCAUUCGCCACUGCUGGGAGAAGACAGGUAUUCUUCCUGAUAUGUCUACUCCUCCUCCUACCUCCAACCCUCUUUCUGAGCUUGAGCAGUCUGUGUCUGACUCGCUUGAUGCACUUGAGGAACGUGGUGUGCUUCAGAAGAACAACCGCGUUGACCUUGAGGAGCUUGUCAACUCAGCUGCUGAGCAGAUUGUGGUGGAAGAGACCUCAGAGGAGGAGAUCUGCUCGGCUGUUCCUGAACGGCAUGCAGAAGGCAAUGUCAUUGUCAUUGACAAUGAUGAGCCUGAGACACCACUCCCUAGCCGCACAGACACAUUAGCUGCUGUUGCUACACUUCAGCAGUAUAUUUCAGGUGUUGAUGGGACUUUGCACAUAGUAUGA